UGAAAGAGUACUAAAACAGUACAACCUUGCUUGCUAUGUUUAUAUGGUGUAGUAAGCAAACAGCUGUUCUUUGUUUACAUUCGCUUCUCGUGAAAAUUCUGUUUUGUUUUGUGCUUAUACCAUCUGGCAAAUUUUGCUGCUUAUAAAAAUUGAUCCUUUGCCAAUUAUUCAGCCAAAAGCGAGGCGUGUGCGCAUCAAUCCCACCAAGAAAUGGACUAUAGUAGAGGAAAAGAGGCUUAUUGAGUUUUUGAUGGCGAAUAGAGAUUUCGAGGUUGUUUUUUAUUAAAUAAUUGCAAUUUUGAUCACACUGAAGGUAAUAAUUACAGAAGCCAAAUGCUCAAGCCUACUGUUUGGUCACAGUUGAGAACACCUGUUUAACAUAUUUGACAUGUCAUAAGUAUUGAAGAGCUACUCAUUUGUGUAUUCUCAGAGUUUGUACUCUUAUUCCGUAUACAUACAUCAUUUUUCGUUAAGUUGAGCAUUGUAUGUACAUAGCACAUUCAUAUUCAUAUAGAAGUAAGCACACUCGCUGUAAGGCGGAGAAAGGGCAUUUAUUGUAACUAAAACAAAUUGAAUAAACACACUCGUUUUGGAAGUCAAUCAGAGCGCAUCGUUUGCCUUUUAUUUAAAGUUUGCAACUAGCAUUUUGGUAAAUAUUUUUAAUAUAUUUUGCGGUUGUGAAAAUCCUCACAAUCCUACAUUUUGGCGCCCAACGUGGGGCACGAUUCUUAAAUAAAAUAAUCGAGCAUCCCCAUCAUUUUCGUCAUCGCUGGAGGCUCGCAUUGGUGGACUCCAUCGUGGUCAUUUCCAACAUCGGAACACGCAAAUUGCAAUAUCCAAGGUCAGAUAAGAGUCAUUGGGACCAAGUGUACACCAUUCCACCCGAAACUAAAAAGAAACGGGGAAACAGUUAUACUUUGCACUCACUUCGGCUUUGCAGUUUUGGGUAAUUCUGCUAAGCACACACGGCUUGCGCACACUUUGCGUCGCCACCGCUGCUACUACUUGGGGGAGUCGCUGUUGCUGCCGCCGUCGCUGCCACUACUUAGCUGAUACGCUGACGCGCGCUCGCACUUCAUUUGCGCACUUUGCUGUGCUGCUCUCGUUAGCCCGCUGCUGCUAUUUCGCUUAUUCGUCGCCUGUGUUAGAUCUACGUGUACGCACACUUUGCUUUGCUGCAGCUGCUACUUAGCAGAUUCGCUGGCGCUCGCUCGCAAUUCGUUUACACAGUUUAAUUCGUAGGCGCUAUUUGGUUGCCCUACGUCUACGCACAUCGUUUCUUCGCUGCGGCUAAUGCAUUAAGGGGCUGCUGCUACUUAUCUAAUAGCUGUCGCCCACUAAUAGUGUCACUUUCGCAUUCGCUAUUUUGCGCGGCCUAACUACUCGGCACUGCCCAACGUACGCCAAAGGAGGUUUGCCGGCUGUCGCUGCGGUCAUUGUUGCGUCGCAUCAAAUAGAACACAUCGCAGCGUAACUACACUACCUGCUUAUAUUCCAUCGACUGCUCAGCUCAUCGCACAACCCAACGUGCAGAUUGUUGCGCACACAACAUCGAAUCAUUUGGACUUGGUGUACAGCGAGUACUUGCACCGCUCUAUCUGCAUCACAAUUUGCGCCGAUUGCUGCUGAUUGCCGCCACCUUUAUACGCUGCGUUAAAUUUGUUGAAAACGUUCAUCAUUGAUACGACUGACUUUAUUGUUUCACCAACCAUUGUAUAGUAAGUCAUUUAAUUUUAAGCUUAUUUCACCAUGUCUCUGGAAAGAUUGAAACAAUCUCGAGCUAGUACUAAAAAAAAUAUAACACGUAUUAAGAAUAUUGUCAACGAUAGUUUGAAACCAGGGGGACAGGCGCUGUCGCCAGCGGAGUACAAGUGUCGACUUGGGAUUCUCGAAUCCUACUUUAAGCAAAUACUGUCGAUACAAUCAGAAAUUGAAGAAUUAGAUCCAGAAGACAACGCCCGCGGGGAUUUAGAAGAUCUCUAUGUAACGACGAAAUUGAGUAUUCAGACGCAAUUGGGGGAGGACCAUAACGCAACACUUUUAGAUUCCACUUGCAUAGUGCAAGCGAGCUCAAAAUUGCCGCAGUUGAAAUUACCCUCUUUUUCUGGAAAGUAUUCCGAAUACAGGAAUUUCAUCACGUCGUUCAAGCAAAUUAUUGAUCGCGAACUAAGUCUUUCCAACAUUGAGAAAUUCAACCACUUGCGCAAUUGCUUACAUGGCCAAGCUUUGGAAGCAGUUAAUGCGUUUCAAGUCACGAAUGAAAAUUAUUCUAAAGCGUUGGAAAGACUUAGAGCUCGUUUCGACAAUCCAACACUUAUUUUUUUGGAAAACAUCUCGUCGUUGUUCGAGCUUCCUUCGGUUUCAAAAUCCAAUUGUGUUGAAUUACGAAGUCUCAUUGACAACGCCUCUGCAAUUUUCGGUUCUUUACGUUCCUUGGGUACCGAAGGUGAAAUUGCCCAAGCCAUGCUAAUAUAUUUGGUUAUACAUAAGGCUGACGAUGACACAAAAAAGAAAUGGAAACAAUCAUUGGACUUUAAAAGGUUACCUUCUUGGGAAAACUGCACCGAUGUUCUGGAAAGACAUUGCCAAUACCUCGAGUCACUUACUGGCAAUAGCGCUUCCGCUCCGCUAACUCCGACAAAUAGUAAGGGCUCGAGAGGACACAAACAACAGAAGAGUCAUACAUUUGCGCUUUCUAAUUCGCCAUGCGCGGUCUGUUCAAGCGGGAGCCAUAAGAUUUUUAAUUGUGAUCGCUUCAAAUCUUUGACCGUCAUACAGCGCUUUGAGCAAGUAAAACGAAUAGGGCUCUGUAUUAAUUGUCUCACUAGAGGCCAUCAGUUGUCAAGUUGUCCAUCAUUGCAAAGGUGCAAAAUUUGUUCGCGACAACAUCACAGCCUACUUCACCGUGCUACAUCGAGUUCGCCAGAAUCUUCCAACUCUUUGAAUCAGUCACCUCAACCGCUAUCAACACCAGGUUUGUCUGCGACCUCAAGUCGUGCUACCACUCACACUCACUUAAAACACUCUUCGUUCGAUCAAGUAAUUCUGGCUACUGCCAUUGUCCUAGUUCGUGACGCUUCAGGCACCUAUAGACAGGGCAGAGCAUUGCUGGACUCUUGUUCACAAGCUAAUUUCAUUACCGACGAAUUUUCCCAAAGGCUUUUGCUACCCAGAAGCAAACACAAUAUUGAAAUCUGCAGUAUUGGGCAGUCAUCAACCAACAUCAAGUACAAAACUACUACAUGUAUCAAAUCCCGAACAACCGGUGUCGAAUUGCCUCUAGCAUUUUGCGUGACAUCAAACAUUGCUUACGAAUCGGGAUUGGAGAUCGAUAUUUCAGCUUGGAAUAUACCAUCAAAUAUAGAACUUGCUGAUGAACAGUUUUAUAAGUCCACACGAAUUGAUCUUCUUCUAGGCACCGAAACCUUUUUCAGUUUAUUAUCGGUCGGCCAGAUUAAGCUUGGCGAUAAUUUACCAGUUUUGCAAAAGACGUUGUUGGGAUGGGUUGUCUCAGGUCGCUACCAGUCAAAUAGCAACAACAUUAGAUCAUUAUGUAUGGUAGCUUGUAAUGAUGAACUAGAUAAAAAACUGGAACAACUCUGGAGGCUCGAGGAAGUCACGUCCGUUGGAGACAUGUGGACUCGUGAGGAACACAGUUGUGAACGCCUGUACACGAACACGGUUUCACGAAGCCAGACCGGAAGAAUAAUUGUCAAACUUCCAUUUAAAGAUGACCCCUGUUGCUUGGGUGCUUCGUAUACGACUGCUCUGCGUCGUUUUAUGUCACAAGAGCGCCGCUUGUGGCAGUCUCCAGAACUCGGAAAACAGUACGCUGCCUUUAUGGAGGAAUACGAAAACUUGGGACAUAUGAGUAUUGUUGAGGAGCCAAAUCUUAAUGAACCUCACUACUUUAUACCACAUCACUGCGUCUUAAAGCCAUCAAGCACUUCGACGAAAUUGAGGGUUGUCUUUGACGCGUCCUGCCGCACCACUUCGCAAAGAUCACUCAACGAUAUACAAAUGAUCGGGCCAACACUACAAAGAGAGUUAGUAAUGCUCCUUUUAAGUUUUCGACUACAUCGUUUCGCAUUAACCGCUGACAUUGUAAAAAUGUACAGACAGGUGAUCAUAAGCCCAGAACAUCGCAAGUUCCAAUAUAUUCUUUGGAGAAAAUCGUCUACAGAUAAGAUUAGUACGUACCAAUUAAAUACGGUUACUUAUGGAAUGGCCGCCGCACCAUACCUCGCAAUACGAAGCCUAUUCUAUUUAGCUGAUCAGUACGCAUCACAAUUCAAAAUAGGGUCAAACGUCAUCAAAUCAUCGUUUUAUGUAGACGAUCUUUUAUGUGGUGCCGAUUCAGUCGCUGAACUUUUUCGAAUCAAACAUGAGGUAAGCGAAUUGCUGAAAUUGGGUGGGUUUGAGCUUGCGAAGUGGCACUCAAACCAUCCGGAGCUCAAAGUUGUAGGAACUGUGAAGGAUUUGAAACUGGACGAUUCCAUCACAAGCACACUCGGUAUUAAAUGGAAUCAGAAUUGUGACUCUUUCCUUUUCACAUUUGAACCGAAGCAGCGUAGCAAUAGCCGAAUCACAAAGCGAUAUAUUUUAUCUAUUGCAUCUACCCUUUUCGAUCCUCUUGGUCUUCUAGCUCCGGUGAGUAUCACUGCAAAACUCAUCAUUCAGGAACUAUGGCUGCUCAAACUCGAAUGGGACGAGUCUGUCAGUCAAAGCAUUCAUAUGGCUUGGUCCAAGUUUCUCAACGACAUGUCGAAUCUUAAUUUAAUCAAAGUUCCAAGAUACUGUUUAGGAAGAAACAUUCAAUCGCUUCAGCUUCACGGAUUCUGCGACUCGUCAAUUCGUGCGUAUGGCUGCGCAAUUUAUACGCGCGUAGUAGACAGUAAAGACAACAUAUUCGUACAUCUUCUUAUAGCUAAGUCGAGAGUCGCGCCUAUUAAAAAACAAACGUUGCCGAAGUUAGAGCUCUGUGGCGCUUUGCUGCUUGCACGACUUUUUUCAAAAAUUAAACCAAUUUUUUCUAAUCACAAACUUGACACGUAUCUAUGGACAGAUUCGGAGAUAGUUCUGCAUUGGCUUAAAAUGCACUCCGCUACGCUUUCUACGUUCGUCGGAAAUAGAGUGUCCGAAAUUCAGGAUCUAACUGCUGACGUAAAUUGGAGACACGUCCCGACUCAAAGUAAUCCAGCCGAUAUUGUUUCAAGAGGCAGCACUGUAGAAGAACUCUUGAAAUCGAAUUGGUUCACUGGUCCGUCGUUCUUGUAUGAUAAUGCACACAAAUGGCCUGAUAACAACUGCAAUAACGUUGACAUGGAAGUCGUAGAAAGGGAGAAACGCAAGGCAGUGUUCACUAUAAUAUUAGCGUCGAAUUACAUUCUGGAAACUAUUGACAACAUUAGUUCAUAUAUUCGUAGUAUUCGAUUAGUUGCUCAAUUAUUCCGUUUUUAUAGCAAGCUGCAAAGAAACGUAACCGAGAACUGCCAGGACGGACCACUUUCAUCGCAGGAGAUGCAUCACGCCUUGCUGUGUAUUGUAUGGAAUAUACAACAGCAGUACUUCGCUGAGGAACUCCGCCUGCUGAGAAAAGAGGCGAUGGCAAGUGGAACAUUGCGGUAUCUUAACCCGUUCAUCGAAUCCGUUGAAGGAUUCGAACUACUAAAAGUUGGCGGGCGCUUAGAGUUAGCGGAUCUUCCUGAUGCUCAAAAGCACCCAAUUUUGCUGCCAGCAAAAUGUCAAUUCGUCGCUCGCUACGUUCAUCAUUUGCAUGUCAGCAACUACCACGCAGGACCUAAGGCGUUAAUAGGUUUAAUUCGUCUUAAAUUUUGGAUAGUGAACGCGCGUGAAGUAUCUAGACGCGUCGUCAAAAACUGCAUCCACUGCGUCAGGUAUAGACCAAAGUUGCUACAACAACUAAUGGGAAACCUGCCGGUUGAGCGUUUGACACCGUCUCGGCCAUUCGCACGCUGCGGCGUCGAUUUUUGCGGUCCUGUCAAUAUAUAUCUCCGCAUCAGAGGAAAGGCGCCCCAUAAGGCUUACAUAGCCAUUUUCGUGUGUUUGGCAUCAAAGGCGGUACACAUUGAGGUCGUCUCAGACCUCUCCACGGAUGCCUUUCUAGCGUCACUGAAACGCAUGAUCGGACGACGGGGCUUACCCUCCGAUAUCUUUUGCGACAACGCUACCAAUUUUGUUGGCGCGUGCAAUAAACUCAAAGAUUUGAAAGCGUUUCUGUUUAAACAGGAGCAUCAAGAAUCCAUCAUUAAAUAUUGUGCCAACGAGUUUAUUAAUUUUAAAUUUAUUCCCCCUAGAGCACCUCACUUUGGCGGGAUAUGGGAAGCUGCUGUCAAAUCAGCCAAGGGUCACCUUAAUCGUAGCCUCUGGGAUACAAGAAUGACGUUUGAGGAAUUGUCUACAAGCAUGGUCGAAAUAGAAGCAAUUUUAAACUCUCGCCCGAUAGCACCGCUUUCGAAUGACCCCAGCGAUUACGAAGCAUUAACACCAGGCCACUUCAUAAUUGGGAGCGCCCUUAAGGCCCUUCCAGAGCGCACAGUCUCAGCUAACAUCGAUCACCAUGAACGAUGGACUCGAUGGACUCGACGCUGGUCAAGCAAGCAUUUUGGUCGUGGUGGUCGCGCGACUAUAUAAAUGAACUACAGAUGAGAAACAAAUGGUCAACUGAGCGUCCAAACGUAGCGAAUGAUACCAUGGUCAUAAUACAUGAAGAUAACGUUCCCCCGAUGCGCUGGCAAUUAGGCAGAGUGGUUAACUGCAUUGCUGGUAGUGAUAGGCGCAUAAGAGUAGUAGACGUCCGCACAGCGAAAGGAAUCAUCAGGCGACCCAUUCAUAAACUCGCAAUACUGCCUGCUUGAAAGUCCUUUCAAUGGGGCCGGGAUGUUUGGUCACAGUUGAGAACACCUGUUUAACAUAUUUGACAUGUCAUAAGUAUUGAAGAGCUACUCAUUUGUGUAUUCUCAGAGUUUGUACUCUUAUUCCGUAUACAUACAUCAUUUUUCGUUAAGUUGAGCAUUGUAUGUACAUAGCACAUUCAUAUUCAUAUAGAAGUAAGCACACUCGCUGUAAGGCGGAGAAAGGGCAUUUAUUGUAACUAAAACAAAUUGAAUAAACACACUCGUUUUGGAAGUCAAUCAGAGCGCA